CAUCAGUUCUGAUCAAACACCCAUUUCCAGAGCAGAAACGGGUGGGAGACAAGAAUCCAUUGGAUUCCUGCUUGCAGCAACAAAAAACGGAAAUCCUGCACAGCCAGGCACUAUCUGGGGACUCUGCCACCAUGGGAAAAGCACAGUCCAAGGAGGCAAGUGACAAAAAGGAGGCUCAGCAUGAGGGUCAACAUGUCUUGGAACCCACCCACCACACAAGGAGGCAGAUGGACCUGGAGCUGAAAGGGAACAAAGCCCAGGCAGAGAAGGACUUCAAGCUAAGGACAUUCCCUUCCUUCCAGACUAAGCAAGUAAGAGAAAAUGUUUAUCCCACUGAGUCCUGGAAAAAAAAUGAUUUGCUCCAAAAUUUCACACAGCUACUACUUCUAAAAAAAACUUGCCCAAGAAGCCAGGAGACCUUGGUCUGGAAAAGCUGGUGUAAAUGUAAAGGAGAGGAGAGGGGACAUCUGAUUGAGAUACAAGACUUAUUUAACCCAUACCUGGAUACCCAGGAAAAGCCUCAACUAGUCAUCCUAGAGGGGGCUGCUGGGAUUGGGAAGUCAACGCUGGCCAGGCAGGUGAGGAGAGCCUGGGAGGAAGGCCAGCUCUACAGGGAUCGCUUCCAGCAUGUCUUCUACUUCAGCUGCAGAGAGCUGGCCCAGUGCAAGCAGCUGAGUCUGGCUGAGCUCAUAGCAAAAGACCAGACUGUGCCUGUAGCUCCCAUCAGGCAGAUCCUGUCUCACCCUGAGAAACUGCUCUUCAUCCUGGAUGGCGUAGAUGAGCCAGCAUGGGUAUUGGAGGAACAGAAUCCUGAACUCUGUCUACACUGGAGCCAGCUACAGCCUGUGCACACACUGCUGGGCAGUUUGCUGGGGAAAUCUUUACUUCCUGAGGCUUCCUUGCUGCUCACAGCUCGAAUCACAAAUCUACAGAAGGUCAUUCCCUCUUUGAGGGAACCUUGUUGGGUAGAAGUACUGGGUUUCUCCAAGUCUGGACGGAAGAAAUAUAUCUACAAAUAUUUCACAAAGAAAAGAGAAGCGAUUGCAGCUUUUAACUUGGUUAACUCAAAUCCAAUGCUGUCAACACUGUGUGUGGUACCCUGGGUGUCCUGGCUGGUCUGCACUUGCCUGAAGCAGCAGAUGGAGCAGUGGGGAGAACUCUCAUUGACCUCAAAGACCACCACAGCCCUCUGCCUGAAAUACCUUUCCCAGAUUUUCCCAGAUCCUGCCCUGGGGACCCAGCUCAAAGCACUUUGCUCACUGGCUGCCAAGGGGAUUUGUAGAAGAAAGACCCUUUUCAGUGAAAUAGAUCUCUGGGAGCAUGGGUUGACUGAGAAUGUCAUUGCCACUUUCCUGAAGAUGGGUGUUCUUCAAAAGCAGCCCAGCCCUCUGAGCUACAGCUUCUCCCAGGUGUGUCUCCAGGAGUUCUUUGCAGCAAUGUCCUACAUCUUGAGGAAUAGGGAAAGACGUGGUGAUACAGAAAUCUUUAGAAUUGCAGAUGCAAUGAAGAAAGUUUAUGGAAGACAUAACCUUUUUGAGGCACCCACUGUGCGCUUCCUAUUUGGUCUUUUGAGUAAAGAGGGAAUAAGAGAAAUGGAGAAGAUCUUUGCCUGCAGGUUUCUAGAGGAAACCCUAUACUAUCAACCAUAUUCUCUGGAUUUACUCCAUUGUCUGUAUGAGAUUCAAGAUAAGGAGCUCCUCUCAGAGGUGAUGCACAAUUAUCAAGUAAGAAGUGUGCAGGCCUCAAUGGAUAUGGUACACCCAGUGUUCCAGACAAACAUGAAAUACCUGGUGGUCCAGACAGAUGUAGAACUCAUGGUGGUCACGUUCUGUAUCAAGUUCUGCCACCAUGUGAAGAGGCUUCAGCUGAAUGGGGAUGGACAGCAAGAACAAACCCUGACAGCCCCCAGGAUGGUACUGUCCAGGUGGACCCCAAUCACUAAUGCCAGUUGGCGGAUUCUCUUUUCCACACUUGAGUUCACAGGAAGCCUGGAGGAGCUGGACCUAAGUGGAAAUCCACUGAGCUGCUAUGCACUGCGCAGUCUUUGUAGGACCAUGAGAUGCCCUGGAUGUCACCUUAGGACAUUGUGGCUUGUCAACUGUGGCCUCACAUCCAGCCACUGCAUGUACCUGGCCUCAGUGCUCAGUGCCAGCUCCAGCCUGGCUGAGCUAGACCUGCAGCUGAAUGACCUGGGCGACCGUGGUGUGAGGCUUCUAUAUGAGGGGCUUAGAAAUCCUGCCUGCAAACUCAGAAUCCUGCGGCUGGACCAGGCCCCUCUCAGUGACCAGGUGAUGAUGGAGCUCAGGGCCCUGGAGACAGAGAAUCCACAGCUGCUCAUCUCCAGCACAAGGAAGCCACAUGUGAUGGUCCCUAAUAAGAACCCAGAUGGAGAAGAAAUGGAUGAUAGCCUGACCUCAUUCAAGCAUCAGAGACUACAGUCAGGAUAUAAGCACAUGGAAUCACUGGGGACUGAAGAUGACUUCUGGGGCCCUAAAGGGCCUGUGGCUACAGAGGUGGUUGACAGAGAGAAGAACCUGUACCGAGUUCAGUUCCCUGUGCCUGGUUCCUACCACUGUCCCAACUCAGGACUCCGCUUUGUGGUGACAAGGGCCGUGACCAUCGAGAUUGGAUUCUGUGCCUGGAGCCAACACCUGGACAAGACUCCCUUGCAGCACAGUCACAUGGUGGCUGGGCCUCUGUUUGACAUCAAGGCUGAGCAGGGAGCUGUGGCUGCUGUGCACCUCCCUCAUUUUGUGGAUCUCCAAGACAGACAGGUGGACAUCUCCUGGUUCAGUGUGGCCCAUUUUCAAGAACAUGGAAUGGUCCUAGAAACGCCAGCCAGAGUGGAGCAGUGCUACACAAUCUUGGAAAACCCAAGUUUCUCCCCAAUGGGAGUUCUACUGAGAAUGAUUCCUGCUGUCGGGCUCUUCAUCCCCAUCACUUCCAUCACAUUGAUCUACUAUCGACUCAAUCUUGAGGAAGUCACCCUUCAUCUCUACCUGGUCCCCAAUGACUGCACCAUUCGGAAGGCCAUUGAUGAUGAAGAAAUAAAGUGUCAGUUUGUUCGAAUAAACAAGCCACCACCACUAGACUCUCUUUAUAUUGGAUCCCGCUACACGGUGUCUGCUUCCAAGAAGCUGGAAAUCAUCCCAAAGGAAUUAGAGCUGUGCUACAGGAGUCCUGGGGAAUCCCAGCUCUUCUCUGAAAUCUAUGUUGGCCAUAUGGGUUCAGGGAUUAAGCUGCAAAUCAGAGACAAGAAGCAUAGGAAUCUCAUAUGGGAAGCCUUGCUGAAACCAGGGGACCUCAGACCUGCACCACCCAUGAUCCCUGCAGCCCACAAAGAUGCCCCUGCCUUGCCACACUUCCUGGACCAGCAUCGGGAGCAGCUGGUGGCCAGAGUGACAUUAGUAGACCCUGUCUUGGACAAGCUACAUGGUCUGGUGCUGAAUGAAGAAGAGUAUGAAUUGGUGCGGGCUGAAGCCACCAACCAAGACAAGAUGAGGAAGCUCUUCAGCCUCAGCAGGUCCUGGAGCUGGGCCAGCAAAGACCAAGUCUACCAAGCUCUGAAGAAGACCCAUCCUCACCUGAUCAUGGACCUCCUUGAGAAGUCAGGAGGUGUCUCUGUAAGAUCUUGACAUCUUAGUGGAUGA